GUCACUCUGCAGAUUUGUUUAGUUGAUGAAAUGAACAAUUACUUCCCAACACAAGCUGGCCUCUAUACCGACCACAAGCAUGAAGUGUAUGCCGUACACGAGGAUAACAAUGGCUUCUCUAUUAUUGGUAUCGGCUAAUACAGACGUAAAAGCAUAUCAUCCUUUCCGUUUAUUCGCAAAAUAUUCUGCUCGUUGCACAGCGCGAAUCAGAGGAUUCUCGUUCGCUCCGGCCUUCAAUUUCCCGGUCGUAUACACCCAGAAAGGUCUUCGUCGAUCGUUCUCGCCUCUAAACGUGAACAGCAGCGGAGAUGAAGUCACGGACGAUUUAAUUGAAGAACUGAGGGUUCCAAUCCAUUGGUCGGAACCUUCUAAGGCUUUAGAGGCGUCAGAAUGGCUGAGAGUUACUCUCAACAAGUGGUUGGAUGAUGAAUAUUGUCCUGAAGACACCAAUGUGGAAAUUAGCAAGGUUGCUUCAAGUUCGUUCUACAAAUCGUUAAUGGAGAAAGAGAUCGAUAUAGGUGAGAUAUUGUUAAAGAUGGCUAAAGAUUUGGAAUCUAUAUCCUAUCAGGAGAGCUUUCAUGGAGCAUUCUCAUCAGCAAAUGCAGCAGUAGGUCUCAUAAUCCAACGGAUUGAGCAGGACUACUAAAAGCUUUACUGCAAUCGGCCAGGUUCCCCCCUGUAGCUAUAAAUAUAUUUUCUUGACAUUUCCUUUAACUCUCUUUGCAAGGAUUGCUUUUUUACUGUCAUUAUCGCCUUAUUCAUAAGUUUAACUGUGUAUUUUUAGUUCCAUGCCCAGUUUCUCUCUCUCUAUUCACCGUCUUUCUAAUUGGCUUUGUCUUGGCUUCAUAUAAAGUUAUCAUUUCAUAAAUUGUUAUGUUCAGUUUUCCGGUAUUUGGACUGUGCAUGUAUAUGAUGUUUGUUUUCUCUAUAAGGACUUCCACAUGAUAAGGAGAUCUUUCAGAAACUUUGUUUAAAACAUUAAGAACUAUUGCAUCCAUACUAUUUUACUUUAUCAUGUCAUAUUCAGAUUGAUAUAUUCUUCAAUUUACUAAGAAUGUUCAGCGGCUUCAGCCACACGGUCCACACAGAUACAAUCAAGGUGAAUUGUUUGGAGAAAGUGAUUUGGGUCAGGCUUAAUUCAUGUUCCUGGUGAUCUGAGUAUAUAAUUGGCAGCUAACUUUGGUAGCUAUUUGCCUAAGAAGUGCAUUUAACUAUCUGAAAACGCGUUGUAAGAAAUCAUAUUGAAAGGAUGAAUGCUAACAUAGAUUGAGAGAAUAGCUUGACUUGAUCAGUGUUAGAAGGAUAUUAAGGUUGUGAUAUUCCUUAGUACUAGUAUUAAACACUGCAUGAUUUGCGGUGUAGUGAAGACUGAAGAGGUGGAAGAGUCUUGCUCGCCUUGCAUUUAGUUUGGGUUUCACUCAUCAUCCUGUUUUAUGUUUUUUCAGAUCAAUCAUGAAUGAAUGUAUAAUGCAAUUGGUAAUUCCAACUUGGCUUAAUUAUGGGGUGCUCACAACUUUUGAAAA